AUGGCCUCAUCGGAACAAGGGUCAGGUUAUUCGGUGACACCAAUUCAGAGCAGAGGGUUCAUAGGGCGUCAUACUUCUAGGAAGAGCGAUGACCUCUCUUUCCAGCGUCCAUCCGUCAAAGAUGGCCGCUCUCUGUCGGGUGGCAGUUCUCAGUAUGGCCAGAAAUCCCUCAUCGCCUCCACGCAGCCGUCGGGGCUUCCGGGCAGUUUCAACCCGGAAAUGAAGAGCGCCAUGCAAGGAGGAAGGACGACUCCCCAAGCGGAACCCGGUGGUCUCAAUCUUUCGCGGCUGCAAGUCCAAUAUAAAGAUAGUGAUGCUAUUGGUAUCUCGGAGCAACGGCAGGCGGCGGUACGGGAUAAGAUCGCGAAAGAAAUGAAAAUCAAGUUGGGAACAGAGAACAUGUUGGAAGCCCUCUUGAGCAAGAACAACAAGCAGAGCAAAGAACAACGGCAACGAGUCGAGAUUGAACUAGGAACAUCGAACCGAAAACUUGCAGAAUUGAAACAAGAACUGGACCAGGAGAUUCUAAGGGCUCAAACGCCGACAACUCCGCCGAGCAAAAGAAUCUCGAGUUAUUUUAGAGGAAGCCCUUUGAAAUCACCCCCCAGGGCGCAGGAUCCAGACAAUGACCCUGCUGAUUCUGUCGAUAGCGAGUCUCCUACUGUGGUCUUGACCGAAACUUUGCAGCAACUUGAAACCGAUGGCAUGCAACCCGACUACUAUAUCGAACGAGCGAACGCGCUUGUUGAGCUACUGAAGCGCAAUCCCACCUUGAAAUACGAUCUUGCUUGGUCUGUUUUCAGUCUGAGGGUUCAAUUGAUGCUGCUGAGUGAGAGUUCAGAUGUGGUUGCAGCAGGGUACAGGUUGACCCGACAUGCGAUUGCAGACAGGAAAUCUCUCCAGACGAUCAGAACUCUACACACAGAUGAGUUGGUGAUAUUGUCUCUGGUCAAGAAGGAGAAGGCCGUCCUUGAACGUGAGCAGGCAGUCAAAUUUGUCAGAGCUUUCCUCGAUGUCAAGGACGGUGUUCGCGAAAUUUCUCGUGCUGUGGUUCGUAGUCUGGUGGCAGUUGCUGAGACAUAUGAUGAUAGGCUCAAGGACAUCUGCCUCCUGACACUUGCAGAAAUUCUAGCAAAGAAUACAGAGCUACUAGUUGCUGCUGAUGGCAUGGGAACUCUGACCGAUGCGUUGGCCGACGGAACAUUUCCAGCCCCUGAAGGCCUGGUGGCAAGCUUCCUUCACAUACUUGAUCAUCCUCAACAAAGGCGAUAUUUGCAUACUGGUCGUGAAUUCGAGGCCAUGUUUGCUCCGUUCACCGAUCCACUUCUCUUGAAUGGCAAUGAGGAGAAGCUAAAGACCUGUGCGCAGGCCAUUGCAGCAAUGUUGAAGACAUGGCCUGGUUUUCUUCUACUGGCCAUGAACGGUGCGGCACCUUUACGAUCAUUGAUUGACUCAUUGGUCUAUCCCAUCACCCAAUCUAGAGAUACAGUCGUGGAGUUAUUGUUUGACAUUCUACGCAUAAAGCCUCCCUCGUGGUCAAGCUCAUUCCUCGCUGGCCGAAGGCUUACCACCUAUGGACGAGUCAAUACUGUACCUACUGAACAGCCUUCUCAACGUCAACUUGCCGAAUACAGUGCCGACGGUAGAUUUGAUUUGACAUACCACUUCUCUGCUCUGGUCCUGGCGGCCUUGAUAAAGGCAGGUUUGAUACCGGCACUGGUCGAACUCAUCAAAGUUGAGGAGGACUUGACUUUGAAGAGAAAAACUACACUCCUCCUCACAGAAGUGUUGAAAUUGGCUCACCAUGCACUACCAGAAAGUAUCAGCGCAAACAUUCAAGUUCUUGGUGAUCUAGUAUCCCGCGUGGAGGAAUUUGGCUCCGAAACUUCUGCGAUCAAUAUGAGCAUGAUAUACCAGAUUGAGAGUAUCAAUCGCACUUUGAACCGAACUACGACGUCGAACACAUUUGGACGGGCGAUGCCUGGAGACGAACUGGCGGUCGGCCCGCAAGCUAUUGAACGAUCAAAAUAUACGGUCUUGAUGGAUGCGGACCAAUUUCGCCAGGCCAUGAUCGACAGCCAAGUCACAAACCAUUCCCAAUAUGUCAAGUGGAAAUGGGACCUCAUUCAUGGCUUAGUGGAAGGGCCAUUAUUGAACCCUAAAAGAUUGGAAGAAGCCAUCAAGUCACCUAAAUUUCUCAAGAGGCUUGUCGGCUUCUUUCGACCGUUCAAAUACAGAUUCUCGAUGAUUCGAAGUACCAGGCCGAAUCAACGAUACGUACGCACAGGAUGCGCCUUGAUGAGGACAUUGACCCAGACUGCGGUUGGACUUCAGUACCUUGCAGAAAAUAAACUUCUCCGACAGAUUGGAGAAUGUCUCGCACAAAUUGAUCCUCAUAGUGGCAUCACAUCCGCUACCCCAUUGUUUGACCGUCAUCAGAUGGCCGAGACUCUCAGUGGUGGCUAUUUUGCUAUGCUCGGAGCGCUGAGUCGUAGUCCUGAGGGUAUGAGACUAAUGGAACAGUGGCAUAUGAUGGACAUGUUCUAUCAUCUUGUCGAACUGAAGAACCGUGAUGAUCUCAAUAAGGCCCUCCUCGGGAAUAUGGAUUUCACUCUAGAUUCACAUCUUCGGGUGGUACUGUCCAAGGCACUCACAUCCGGAGUCAAAGACAUUCGGCUCUUCUCCACUAAACUUUUACGACGGUACGCCGUUGGUAGAGUCCAAUAUUCCUCAGGACUACAGGAUCCGUCCAGCUCACACUGGGCAUUGCGACUUGUGUUAACACAACUCUACGAUCCAGACGUUGAGGUGUGCGAGACUGCUGUCAAAAUUCUUGAAGAGGCAUGCAACCAGCGCAGCCAUCUUGAGUAUGUGGUCAAAUGCCGACCAUCGUUAGAUCACCUAGGAGAGAUUGGCGCCCCGCUCCUCCUACGAUUCUUAUCCACGUCCGUGGGAUAUCGAUAUCUGAGCGGCCUAGACUAUAUUACACAGGAAAUGGACGAUUGGUUCCUAGGACGGAACGAUGCGUACGUGGCACUGGUCGAGGCCUCGAUAUUACGUGCGUAUAUGGAUGGCAGUUUUAACAAGACAAGCUUCAAUGAGGAUCCCGCGGUAGAUCCGCAUGAGAUUGGGAUCGCUCCCCCACAUUUCUACCGCGAGCUCGCACGAACGGAGGAGGGGUGCAAGCUCUUGAAGCAUUCUGGCCAUUUCUAUGAAUUUUCGUCCACAAUCCGGGAUUUUCGGGUGGACGAAGAAGACGCAGAGAUUUUGACAAAGGUCAAAGGAUGUAUGUGGGCAGUUGGAAACAUUGGCUCCAUGGAUCUGGGUGCACCGUUUCUUGAGGAAGCGGAUGUGGUCACUGCAAUUGUCCGCAUUGCUGAAAAUGCAGAAGUCAUGUCAAUGCGCGGCACGGCAUGUUUUGUCCUAGGACUGAUCUCCAGAACCUUACAUGGGUUUGAGAUGCUCGCUGAAAAUGGGUGGGAGACGACAGUCGAUCCUCGUGGGAGAUCACUCGGGCUCUGCAUACCCCGAAAUUUGGAGACUUUGUGCCUGAAAUCCGUUGGUUCAUCCACCCAUACCCGAGUACCAAAUUCUGAACAUGAGGCCAUCUACAAAGCAGCAACGACCGACGAAGACCCCGUCAAAGCGAAGAUACUGAAAUUGGUGGUCGAGAUGGGUAAUUCCGUCAUGUACAAAAAGGCCACCGGUGAGCUUCACACGAUCAAGGUAAAGCAACCUGCACAUUUCUCAGACACCGAGCUGUUUCGGAAAUCUCUCAGCAUUCUCGAGAGUCAUCAUUACCGUCAACAAGCGAGACACAAGAUCUUGAAUCUUUUCAACCCCAAUGUGAUGAGGAACAUUGUACUGGACGAGGAGUUGGGAGAAUCGACUGGAUCCGAUACGGGCUAG